AUGGCUGACUCUACAGCAAAGCUUGCCACGGCCACCUCCCAUCACGAGGAGGACAGCCACAGCCUGAAGCAUGCCACGACGCAGAACAUCAUGACCGAGUCGCGCAUGCAGGCUGCUCUGCUGCGUGAGAACCCGCGUCCGUUCCGCAAGAGCUUCCUCAAGCUGUACGGCUGCAUUUUUGUCGGCUACCUGUGCUGUGCCACCAACGGCUUUGACUCCAACACGUUUGGCGGCCUCUCUGCCAUCCCUCAGUUUACCAAAUACUUUGGCAUCACCACCAAGAACCAGGGCCUGGUCGCCGCCCUGUUUGUCAUUGGCAACAUUGCCGGCUCGCUGUUUGCCGGCCCGUGUGCCGACAAAUACGGCCGCAAGGUCGGCAUGGCCCUCGGCUCCACCAUUUGUGUCAUCGGCGCCGUCCUCCAGACGGCCGGCCAGAACCUGGCCAUGCUGGAGGCCGGCCGCUUCAUCCUCGGCGUCGGCGCCGUGCUGGUCCAGACGGCCGGUCCGGCCUACGUCGUCGAGAUGUCGUACCCAAAGUACCGCGCCCAGCUCACCGGCGGCUACCAGGCCUGCUUCUUCUUGGGGACCAUCAUCUCGACGUGGCUCGAGUACGGCCUCAACCACAUUGACACGAACCUGUCCUACCCCUGGCGGCUGCCUCUCGCCGUCCAGGGCCUGCCGUCGAUCAUUAUGCUGUGCGCAAUUGCUUUUAUCCCGGAGAGCCCGAGAUGGCUCUACGCCCAAGGACGCGAGGAGGAGGCCAGGGCCAUUCUCAUCAAGUACCACGGCGACGGCGACCCGAACUCGCUGGUGGCCAACCUCGAACUGGAAGAAAUGGCCGAGGUCAUUGAGCUCGACGGCACCGACAAGCGCUGGUGGGACUUCCGGUCGCUGUUCCGCACCCGCGCCGAUCGCUACCGCAUCUUUUUGGUCUCCUGCAUUUCGUGGUUCGGCGAGCUGGACUUGCCUCCGACCAGCUACUACUUUCCAUUGAUGGUCAAAACUGUCGGCAUCACCAGUGUCUCGACGCAGCUGUUGCUGAACGCCAUCCAGACACCCGUCAUGGCCGUGGCCGCCCUUGCGGGCCUGAGUCUCGUCCACAAGUUUGGCCGUCGGAAGCUGCUCAUGAUUUCCAGCGCCGGCAUGACCGUGUCCAUGGCGAUCAUCACGGCGUGCACGGCCAAACAAGCAGGCCGGCCCGCCGUCGGCGGCACCGGCAUUGCCUUUCUCUACGUCUUCCUUGUGUGCUUUGCCUUUGCAUGGACGCCAAUGCAGUCGCUGUAUCCCGUCGAGGUCCUCGCCUACAAUGCCCGCGCCAAGGGCAUGGCCUACUUGGCCUUUAUGAACAACGCCGUCAAGGUCCUAAACACAUACGUGCCACCCAUUGCCAUUGCCAAUUCUGGCUGGAAGUACUAUUUGCUCUACGUCAUCUGGGACGCAUUUGGCAUUGUCGUCAUCUACUUCUUCUUCGUCGAGACCCGCGGCUGGAACUUGGAGGAGAUCGAGGCUCUGUUCCAUGCCAAGAACCCCGUCAAGGCCAGUCUGGCCAAGAAGAAGAUUAGCGUCGCCGAGGACGGCACCAUCACCAAAGUGGCCGGUCCGGAUGAUAUUUGA